GGAGACUACCUCAUUGUAUACCUCCGGCGACGCGGUUACGGACGGACGAUGCUUCGAUGAACGCCGCCAAGAAACCACCGCCGACGUCCUCGACCGACGCGCGGAAGCCGACGACGUCGACAUCGACUCGACCAGCAGCAGCAGCCCGGACGAGCACUUCGGCCUCCUCCUCCACCUCUACCACCCCGAGCACCGCCAGCAAAAGCGGUAAUGCGGGCAAUACCACCACCACCGCCACCGCUGUCAGACCAUCGGCGUCGCGCACUAGCACAUCCUCAUCCACCCUCGCGGCACGGUCAACCACCACUCGCAAACCGCCCCUGCCCUCUGUUACCACGAAGACCACCCCGCCGCGACGCACCACAAUCGCCGGUGCGACGACAUCGACAGCCACGGCUACCGCCUCACCGACUGCAGCGUCCAGACGACCUACGAGUAGUCUAGCUGCCAAGCGCACCACGGUCACGCCCUCUGCCGCAGCUCGCAGCAGCACUAGCACCACCGCCCCUCCCAAGUCACAGACCACUCCACUAUCGACGGCAGGCAGUAAGCCUUCCGCUUCGGCUCCUGCUCAUGCUCCUACGAAUACCACUUCUUCUCCCGUCCCCCGUAGCUCCGCCAGCACGACACGUCCCGUGUCUCGUGACACCAUUGCCGAAGAGUCAUCCGACACCGCCUCUCUCCCGACGGACACGCAAGAUGAUGCGCCCGAGCCGGGACUGCAGGCGUCGUCGCCUCGCAAGCUCGAGAUCCGAUCGAAGAAGUCUGCCACGCCGCUGCUGAAACCGCAGGCUGUCUCGGAUGCCGAGGCUGAGCGCAGACCUGCAAAGCUCUUGCGUCAUGAGCGUGCACAAUCAGACAGCACUGAGAGGCCAGCUACCGCGCCUGCGCCGAAGCCAUCAGAGCACCAGCAGAGUCAGCGAGAGAUAGAGCUUACGCAAAAUCUUUUGCGCGAAAGCGUUGCCCGGGAUGCGUUGUCGGCGGAGAUUAAGACUCUCCAGGCAGAAGUUCUUCGUUUAGAAACACAGAAUCGCACACUUAUGGACGACUCAAAGACUUCUUCCCGACGCAACUCUGCAACGGCAGCAAUAAUAGCUUCACAAGAAAAGCAUAGCGCCGAAACUGAGGCUCUCCGUCAGACGCAUGCUGCAGAGCUAGACUCUGUGCGCCAGACACUCUCCUCGGAGAUUAAAUCUCUGAAGGCCCAUCUGGAGAGUCAGCGCCGACGAUCUUCUUCACUCGAAGGUGUGGAGGUCAAGAUCGAGGCCGUCGAGGAGGCCCUGCGACAGAGCAAACAGCGUGCCUCACAAAACGAGCAAGAGUUACAGCAGGAACUGAUCGAAAAGUCGCAAGAUCGGGACUCUCUUGCCAAGGUCGUGGAAGAGUUGAAGCAAGAGAUCGACCGUUGUCAAAUGAAACUGGACGAGGACAGCCAAGCGCAGGUGCAAAAGGACGGCGAGCUUCGUCGAGAGCUGAAUGAGGAACGUCAGCGUAGUGAUGCCGCGGCGGAGAAAGCAGAAAAGCUCACGGCCGAACUUCGUCGAGAGCUGGACGAGGAACGCCAGCGUAGUGAAGCCGCAGCAGAUAAGGCAGAAAAGCUGUCCGCCGAACUGGUUGAAAGUCAGGAGCGGUUCGACAACGAGAUGAAAGAAGUGCAAGAACGAUCACACCAGCAGACAGAGGAACUCCGGGCAGCGGCGGCAGAUGCAGAACGGACCAGCAAACGAUUGCAAGAGGAGGUAGCAAUACUCAGAGUCAACGAUGAAGAGGCUUCGCAGCGAACAUCGUUGGCCCUCGAAGGCUCAGCCAGUACUGUCAAAGCACUGGAGGCCGACAUGGAGCAACUGCAGCAGCAGCACUCUCUCCAGCUGCAAUCGUAUACGCGACGUAUGGACGAGGCAGACGAGGCCACAAAGAGUGUACGCAGUGAGCUUAAUGAGCUGAAGGAGCUUCGUGAGGCAGAGCUGGAGCAACAUCGCCAAUCAAGUGAACAACAAACAAGACUUAUAGAGAGCCUCCAGGCCCAGCUCGCAGUUGUUUCGCAUGACGACAAAGCCGCUCAAGUCGUAGCGGAGCAGCUUCAAGGAGAGGUUCUGAAAUCUCAGCAACUCAACGAGGACCUUAAAGCCAAGCAUGAGCAGGAGACGUCCCGGUUACAGGGUAUCAUUGAGUCUCUCAACAGCAAGGUUCAGGAGAGUGAACGCGAGAUCGUUCGCCUGCAGUCGCAAAACGACGCAGACACAGCGAAGCUUGCCACCACACUGGAAACUCUACAAAGCAAGACCAUUGAGCUCCAGCAGCAAUUGGACGACGCGAUUAGCACAAGGGACCAUGAUCGAAAGGGAUUUGAAAGCAUGAGACUGCAGCAAGAAGACGAGCUGCGAGCUGCGAAGGAGGAAUCCUCGCGCAUUCGUGUGGAAAAGCAGCGUGACGAAGCUGAACUCCAACGUGUCAUCGAAACACUGCAGUGCAGCGUCCGUGAAGUUCAACAGACCAUUGAGGAUGGUAAGCUCACGGCUGCGGACGAGUCUGCCAGUUCAAACGCAACUAUUGAAGGUCUACAAAACGAGCUACAAGCUCUGCAGCACCAGCUACGGGAUGCGAACAGUGCUCGCGACCAAAUUAGCCAUCAAGUCGAUCAAUAUCAAAUACUACAGUCUCUAUACGAUGACUUGCAACGGGAAUCCGACCAGAACAAAAGUCGUUCUGCUGAGCUGCUUUCUGAGUUGCAGGAAGCCCGGUCGUCCCAAGCGGCUGCCGAAAACUCACUCUCCAGUGCUCAGAGCGAACUUUCUACUCUACAAAAGCGUCUCGAUACUUUCUCUCGACAAGACACAGAGAAGGACACGACUCAUGCAAGCGAAUUGACUCGCCUGACGGAGCACUUCGAAGAGGAAGCACGCCGCAAGGAAACGCUACAUGAGGAGUUGACUGAGCAGCUUCGGCAGAAACUUUCUACAAGCGUCGAUCGAGAAGAGUAUGAGGCCGUUGUACAAAACGGCGCCAGCCUUACAAAGAAGCUCCAAGACUUGCAGAUGGAGCACCAUCAGGAGCUGGAGCAACAAAGGGCGACGCACGAGGCUGCCUAUGAAGAGCUGCGGGAAAGCUUCGCCCGAUUCAAGGAGGGCGAGCAUCAGAUCGUGGCAGACGAGGCCCGAAAGUAUAUCAGCAUUCGCGAAGAUCUCCUGGGAACUAUUGGCGCCAUGCGCGUUGAGCAUGAGAAGGCAAUGACGGAGCUGCGAAGGAUCGAGGAGCAUUCAAAACAGUCAGAGAUCGUGCGGACAAGCUUGCAAAUAUCACUGGCAGAGCUCAAGGAAGAGCAUGAAAACGCCAUCUCGAACAUGUCGGAUGCUCAUGCCCGCCAGAUGCUCGAGGCCGAAGUGGGACAUGCAGUCAAGAUUGCGGAAGUCGAGGCCGCGGCCGUCUCCCAGACGGAGACGACUUUGAAGCAUGACCAUGACCGGGCCCUUCGUGCGAUGACUAGUGAGCACAUGAAUGAAAUGCAGGAAAUUGUCGAGGCUCACGCGGCUCAUGUCGCCCAAGUCGAAGCUGCGGCGAUCAAGGAGGCGGGCAAGGCGGCCGAGGAGCACGCACGACAACACGAAGAAGCGCUGGAAACACUGCGGACGCAGCACGAAGCUGCGAUUGCGACUCUGCGGUCAGCCAAUUAUCAAAAUCAAGCAUCACAAACUCCGCAAAGCCUCUCCCAUGUGUUUGUCAACCGCCCUGAAAGGUCUUGCGAGAUGUCGGACAGUGAGUCCGAGGGAUCAGAAGCGCGCCAUCCGGUACAUUCUUCGCUUGACGCGCAUUGGACACCAGCUCAGGAAAUCGAGAGAUUGCGAGAGGACAACGCCAUUCUCCGCUCUGCGCUUCGCAAUCAUCACGAUGAGUUUAUAGCCUUGCAGCAGGGAGCCAGCAGCGCGGCGGGCUUGGCGGGCACCCAGUCUCAGGGCUCGCUCGCCGAUCCUUUCCGCUCGCCAAGCCCGGACGAGGACAUGCUGCCUGGCAUGAUGAUGGGUGAUAGCGAUGCUCAUAAUGGCUUAACCCUCGAGGGUACCCUGGAGAGCCUCCGCAUCCAGACAGAGCAAUUGAUCGAGCUCAACGAAGACUUUCAGGCCGAUCAACGGCGAUGGAGUGGCAGACUAGGACUCGGCCAAGGCACGUACAGUGUACCAUUACGGGCUGCAUAAAGUAGCCGUUUCUGUUGAGCGUUCGCGUGAUGUAUAGGUAAGAUAGGUAUGUGUAUUGAAGUCAUGACAUGGCUUGGCGGGAGUGGAGCAAACGGAAUAUGGAGCACGUAGCAGCAUUGUCAACGCAUGUGAUACCCCCCAUGAAUUAAUACCACGUGAGCAUCGUGCUGGAAUGACUCCCGUCGGCCAAUCAAAUCCUCCCAGACCUCCUCUCUCUCUCUGUGUCUCCCCCUUCUCCCUGUGUCUCUCUGUCUCUGAUCGGUGCUUUACAUGACAGUCUGUAGCGCUCAAUAUCAGUCGAUCCAAAAUCACAACGAGAAGAGGAUGAGUGAGGUCUUUCGCUGGCCACGUACACAAGGAAUCAGACAGCACUGGCAAUCGUCGCCGCACCAACAUUUGACCGGCCCUUUAAUGCCUUUGGUCGCGCUGGAUGUGCUCGAUGAGGUCGCUGACGUUGUUGAUGGAGGCAUCGUUGUCGCUGAUUGGGUGCAAAUGGAUGCGGGGCCGGAAUAGUAGGCACGGUAUUUGCCAGAAAUUGGAGCGAAGCUGCGAUGUGAUGCUGGUGGUGAUGGUAGUGCUGGUGGUGAUGGACGGGUGUGUAUCUGCUGUGAACUGUUGGGUAUGAUGUCGAGGUGAAGUGGUCAGACGAUCAACAAGGUACGGUAGCUGCACUGCCUGUAUUGUUAUA